AUGGCGAAACAACCAAUAGCCUACGGUCCAUUCAGUUCUCAGUUUGCUGCCAUAUGUUCAGCGCAAUCAGACGGCAAUCGGUUGUCAACAAAACUAACGCUGUUAGAUAAAGCUUGGCCAACUGAGAAGAGAGAAGCUACAGCACCUGUUCCUAGAGACUUCUCUGAGGCUGAUAUAAACCAAAGAGAGGUAGCUUCCAAGAUUAUGGAGAUGAAACGCUACAGCUCCAGAGAAGAGGAAGAAGAAAGGAGAAAGGGUGUUUCGAAGAGGGUUACAAGGAGUGAUCUGGGUCAUUCGAGCAUACUUUUGUUGAAAAAGGUUUUGGUGGAUGAUCAUGUUAAGCCUUUCAUGAGCGUUGAUAUCUUUGGCAAAAUUCAACGUAUAGAAGGUCUGAGAGUUGUGGUGUGGGAUUUUGAUAUUGAUUCUGUGCACAAUCAAAUGGUUUUAGAGAAAUGGCCUUCAUUUAGAGCUACAUUUUCAUUGAUAAGUGGUAUAAAUAUUUUGUGA